AUGUCCGCCUCUGCGUCGGACGCGUCCACCGCCGCCGCCACGUUGCUCCGGCCAAUGAGAGGCCGCCACGUCACCUCCCCCGCCGCCUCAGCCAACCAGUGCCCGCCACCUCACCCGCGCCCCGCGCCCACUUCGCCCGCGGCCCGGUUCCCCGAGCCGCCGCCAACCGCGGGCGCUGCCCCGCGCGCCUCCCCGCACCCCGCCGCCGGCGAGCGUCGCCGGUGCCCCGUCGCCGCCCUCCGCCGCCAUCGCGUCCGCCGCUCGUCGCCACCAACCCCGCCGCCAGGGCGCCCCGCCUCCCGCUCCUUCCCCGAGCGCCCCGCCGCCCUUCGCCGGCGCCGCCCUCCGUCGUCCCGCCGGCGAGCUCGCCGCCCCUCCGCACGUCGCCACCGCGCCGCCCCCGCGCCGGAUCCGGCGAGAUCCGGCCGGAUUCCACGCCUCCCCGGCGUCCUCAACCCCCGCCGGCCGCCACCGUCAACAACUCCGGCGAGGUCCGUGGAUAGGGAUCAGAUCCACCACCUCGCCCAUCCAAACGCCUAUCCGCGCCCGGAUCUCUCCGUCCCGGAACGUCCCCGUCCACUUUUCUUCGAGUUGGUUAUUUUCGUCGAAGUCCCCAGUAACUCCUGA